GUUAGUGUUUGCAGUCAGCGGCCAGAGUCCCACUUUGUUGUUCUAGUCAUGAGGAUGGGGAACAUUGAACUGUUCUGCGCUCACCUGUUUGGCUUGUAUCUUAUAAUUUCUCAUCCUCGUGCUGACGGCUGUGGGGACUUUGGUUCUCUACCACCAUCACCAAACAUUCAUAAUUUUAGUAACAAUCAAACCCUUGUAGUGAGCUGGCCAAGGAACAGGGGAGCAUCAGAGAGCGACAUUUAUGAGAUCCAAAUCAGCCGCACAAAAAGUCGCACCGUUAUUUAUAAUAAAAAUGUGAGCAUACCGACCAGGGACUCAGGUUGGUCCACUUUGACAUGGAUCUCUGAUUUGCCGCUAGAGUGUGUCGAUCACUCAGUCAGGAUACGAAGUUUUUGUCAUCAAAACGUCCCCAGUCCUUGGAGCAACUGGGUAACCAACCAUGGAGCCAGAGCAGCAACUACAUCCCUGAUGUUUCCUUCUGAACGGUUACUGAAAGAGGGAAGCUCUGCCAAGCUCUGCUGUGUUCCCCCUGUGGGUGUAGACAUCACACGUAUCACCUUCAGGAAGGACUCCUACCCACUUUUGAACGUUGGAGAUGGGGUUAAGGCCAUUUUAGUGACCAAUCUGACAUUCCCAACAAUCCUCAUCAAAAAACUGUUUUUCAGCUGCGUUGAUUCAACCGGAAAGAUCAGCUUAGUCGAGAACACCGUAGGCUUCGCUCCUCAAACGCCCAGAAAUCUGAACUGCAUAACCUCAGACAUGAGGAACAUCACCUGCAUGUGGGACCCCGGGAGGAAAGGAGACCAGUCUAACUCCAAUAACCAGAAUCACACACUCCACUUUGAGAACACAGGCCAGGCUCAGAUCCACUGUCAGCCACUGUCCUGUACUUUCCCAGCUGUGCCACAGCAGCAGGAAUACAAAAUCCGUCUGGUGGUGAAGAAUGAGCUGGGAGAAGCGACGGCGACCUACAGCUUCAAUAUCUCUGAUAGAGUGUCACCUGUGUUGGAACUGGACACAGUGGAGUAUGGGGUGACAGAUGUCAGCUUGAUCUGGAUAGUAGAAGGGAACCUGACCCAGAACAAACUUCUUUGUCAGGUUUCUACAGGAAAUGAAACCAACAGAGAGCUGCCUUGCAGCAGUGAGAAUGGUCUCUGCAAAAUGCGUCUGGUUGGCCUGCGUCCAAACAGGACUUACUCUGCUAAGGCGCGCUGUUCCAUCAAUGGGAGAUUUUGGGGACAAUGGACCAAGCCUGUGUCAUUUAUAACACUGGUAACCUUGGACUUAUGGAGGAGAAUAAAGUACAGACCUGAAUCAGACAUUCGUGAUGUCACUCUGCUAUGGAAGCCUCCUGCUUUUGGUACAGCAUCCACAGUGAAGAUCCAAAGUUAUGAAGUCCAGUGGUCACAGGAGGGUCAAACUGUGACAGAGCUGAAGGACAGCGGCCAGAGUCAGGCAGACAUCCCCAUUGGUCCCAGCAGGUGUAACUUUACUGUUAAAGCUGUUCUCAGCCUGGGGUCGUCCAUCCCAGCCAGCAUCAUCAUCAUCCCACCCAAGGAUGACUCAGAAAUCCCUCCAGUGAAGAAGCGCCUGAGCAGAACAGCUGAUGGUUUCCAUCUGUGGUGGAAUGAGCAAACUUUGGUCACCUGCGGUCACACCGUGGAGUGGUGCAUCUUGGGAAGCAAAGCACCCUGCACGCUGCAGUGGAUGAAAGUGCCUAAAGGAAACAGCACUUUCUUACCUGCAGGAUAUUUCAAGCCAGGUCGGAGAUAUUCAUUUGGUAUUUAUGGAUGCACAGAUCAUGGAGACAAACUGCUGGAGACACAGACUGGAUACAUUCAGGAGCGCACCUCUGUGCAGCCUCCAAGAAUAAUUGAACCCGUUAAAAGGACAUAUGCAUCUGUGACGCUAGAGUGGCACUAUGACGAAGAGGAUCCAGCUCAGCCAGCAUUCAUCACUGGUUACCUGGUAACAGUGCAGGAAGUGCAGACUGAUGCUCGUUUAGGUCAUGCUGCAAUUUUAUUCAACGUUUCUGUGGAUGAUCCCCGGCAAAAGUCAGUAACCAUGGAGGGUCUGCAGCAGGACCAGGAAUACGUCUGCUCUGUGAGUGCUCUGACUACAGUUGGGCCUGGAGUACCUGCCAGCAUUACCAUCAGGACCAAAGUUAACUAUAUUUCCCACUUAGCAAAGAUCUUGACUCCCAUCCUGCUCCUGCUGGGCUGCACCGUUCUGCUGUGGCCACAAAGGAAAAUGUUAAAAAAUGGACUGAGGGAGAUAUUUACUUAUCCUGCUGGUAUGAACAUCAAAACUCCUGAGUUUGAGAGCUUCUUGUAUAAGACUUGUCAGAAGUUGCAGUCUCAGAGGGAGGAAGAGUGCAUCAGCUGUGACAUUGAAGUCUUGACAGUCAAAUCUUUGUGGCAUGAAAGUUCAACCCUGAGGGAUCCUGAGAGUACGAACACAACAUGCUCGCCUGCUCCUCUGUCGUCUCUUGCUCCUUCCUGCGUCCCACUCCAAACAGGCUACCGGCCUCAGUCUGCUGUCCUGCUCUGUCAGACACCCGCCCAUCAGCAACUGAUGUUCAUUGAAAACAAGAGCUACUUGACCCCCAUCACUGAGUUUAGUGAAAGCAUUGAGACCAGCAUUGAGACUUCUGACUGCCUGCAGGGAUCAUGUGCAGGACUUUAUGGUUACAUCUCUGAAAGUUAAUUAAAUGCAAAACAAACAGCUUUGAGCUUUUUUGUUCUCCCAUUCAAGAGUAUAAAUACUCUAAAAGUGGAAGCAAAAUGUUAAAACGUAGUGCACUGUUGUUUCUAAACCUCAUUUGGUGAUUUCUACCACACUCUUAACAUGCCUUAUGGUGUUUGCUGUCAGAAUCUUUUCAGAUUGCAUCACAGCACAGCAGUGAAAGCAUGCAAAACUGCAAAAAAGCAACUCACUUUACAGAUCACGAUAAACACAGAGGGAACUAGACAUUUUAUCUACAGGAUAUAAAGAGAGAGCAUGUAUGAGGUAGGACUGAUGCAAGGUGGAGAUUAGUUACAACAGUUUCAAAAACUAGACUGAACUGUCUGGAAAGUGAGAUAAAAUGUGAAAAGCACAUCUUAAAAAUAGGUAAACUUUCUGGUUUUCAGGUCACACGUGGCAAUAAAACAUUAAAAUUUUUAUUUGCAGAUUUAAUAUGAUGGUACAUGAAUGUACACCUCUCCCCAGAAAAGGGUGCAUUGCAUUUAACACGGGGUCAGUAACUACAGCCAGAUGGAGAAAUGUCCUUUCAAAGUAUGUUUGUAUUGGAAUGGACCAGUCAAAGUCCAGGCCUAAAUCCAAUUGAGAAUCUACGACGAGAUUUGAAAAUUGAUGUUCACAGUCGGCUCAGUGUCUGAUGUGUCUGAGACUGAGCCGUCUGGUGAAGAAGAACAGAAAAACAUUUUAAUCUGUAGCUGUGCAAAGCUGUUAGAGAGACAGUGAAGACCUGCAGCUUUAACUGCAGUGUCGUUUCAUAAUUAUGUGACACUUUCUGUUGGUCUAUCCCUUAAAAUACCAAUCAAAUAUUUUAAAGUUUGUUGUAAACUAUUUGCAACUAUUGUUAACAGUUUUGUGUUCCUGAAAUCAGAUAAAUUGUUUUUUGUGUUCUUUGGAGAAAAUACCAACGGAAAACUGUGUUGGAAAAAGAAAAGUUCAAUAGAGGAAGGUCACAACCUCCUGCUGGACUCAGUUUCUUGUUUGUAAAUCCGGUGAUGAAGGAAUCAUCAAUUUCACUAUAAAUAAGUGUACAUUAAUAUGAAAUAAUACAGCCAUUGCUCAUUAACUCCUGCUGUAUAGCAUCAGGCAACACAGUAACAAGAUUCUCGUCUUCUAAAAUAACCAACAAGCUGCUGCUCUUGUUUUAUACAAGAAGGGAUUUUGCAGGAAAAUACACAAAGCAGAUUCUUCAGAGCAAUCAGCUGUUAGUUUCAUUUGUAACUAAUUUCAUAUGAAACUAACAGGUCGAAAUGAAACUCUUAGUUUCAUUUGAGCCAAUGUUAAAUUUGUGUGCAAAGAACUCCAAGAAAAAAGAAAAAAAAAUCUUUGAUCUUGUGUAUUUUCAUUUUCAAUAAGUAAUGUUUUAGACAAUGUCUUGCUGCCAAAAAAAUAACCAGAAGAAAGCAUUCCAAUUUAACUACAGUUUUCACCGUUAGUGGCCUUUUCCUGCAGGCCGUUGCCCAAAGCAAAAGGCUGGUGCUCAAGCGUCAAAUGUUAAAUCCAUCAGUUAAUUGUGGCCUGAACAACUUUUCUAUUAUUUUUAUACAUGGGUAUUUGACAUGCCAGUUAAGUGUCCCUAUUUGCUACUGAGAAAAGAGAAAGUUAGAUGCUUUCUGCUCUGCAUCUUAUCCUGCCUUAGUAUCUCAAAUAACUUCUUGCGUUGCUUAGAAAACUCUGUUUUCUACCAUGAAAUGUCUGAGGUUUAUCCAUUCAUCUGGCUGUUUUGCAAAUGAUGAAUGUUUUGCAAUCCCCAGAACAGACGCUUAUCUUUCAUGUUAUGUAUCAUUUUGUGCAUGAAAAGGAAAACUGUUGUGUGAGUUUUAUGCUAUAUAUGUCAUGUUAAAGGUAAAUAUUGUGUCAAUAAAAAACA